UAAAUAUUGAGGUAAGAGUAAGACCUUUGUUCAGAAGCGUGGAAGCUCCAAGAGAGCGAGAUUCGAGUGUGGAUACCCACUCCAAGCUGAGCCUUAAUCUUCCUCUUCAAUUACUUUCAAUCUUAUUCAAUCUCAACUUUGUUUUCUGUGUUUUUUCUAGCUCAAUUUGAGCUACAACUUUCCAUUUUCAGUUCCCGCGAGCUUUGUUCGUCAGAUGUUUGAUUGAUAUCAGAUCCAGAUUGCUGCAACCAUGGGUCACGUUAACUUGCCGGCUUCCAAGAGAAACGGACGGCAAUGGAGACUCCUUGAUAUUGUUUCUGCGGCGAUUUUUGGUUUGGUGUUUUUGUUCUUUCUUCUCGUUUUCACUCGGCUUGGUGACUCGCUUGCUGCUUCUGGCCGACAGACUUUGCUGCUUUCUAAUGCCGAUCCACGGCAGCGUCAGCGGAUUAUUGAGCUGGUUGAGGCAGGGCAGAAGCAGGCUAUUGAAGCCUGUCCUGCCGACGCUGUGGAUCAUAUGCCUUGUGAGGAUCCGAGGCGAAAUAGCCAAUUGAGUAGGGAGAUGAACUACUAUAGGGAGCGACAUUGCCCGCCCCCCGAUGAGACGCCGCUCUGCUUAAUUCCACCGCCUGAUGAGUAUAAGAUACCUGUACAAUGGCCGGAGAGCUUGCACAAGAUAUGGCACAGCAACAUGCCUCACAAUAAGAUUGCAGACAGGAAAGGACAUCAAGGAUGGAUGAAACAGGAAGGCCCAUAUUUCAUUUUUCCAGGCGGUGGUACCAUGUUUCCAGAUGGUGCAGUGCAAUAUAUUGAGAAACUUGGACAAUACAUUCCUAUAAAGGGUGGCACUCUGAGGACUGCCCUUGAUAUGGGCUGUGGGGUUGCUAGUUUUGGUGGGUAUAUGCUUGCCGAGGACAUUCUGACUGUGUCUUUUGCUCCAAGAGACUCCCAUAAAGCACAGAUACAAUUUGCCUUGGAAAGAGGCGUUCCAGCAUUUGUUGCUAUGCUUGGAACUCAGAAACUCCCCUUUCCAGCAUUCUCGUUUGAUUUGGUGCAUUGUUCACGUUGUUUAAUUCCAUUUACUGCAUACAAUGCUACUUAUUUUAUCGAAGUUGAUCGCUUACUUCGCCCAGGGGGGUUUUUGGUCAUAUCUGGACCUCCUGUACAAUGGCCCAAACAAGACAAGGAGUGGUCAGAUCUUCAGAGUGUUGCAAGAGCAUUAUGUUAUGAGUUAAUUGCUGUGGAUGGAAAUACCGUCAUCUGGAAAAAGCCUGCUAGAGAUUCAUGUUUUCCUAAUCAAAAUGAAUUUGGUCUUGGGUUGUGCAGUGAAUCUGAUGAUCCAAAUCGUGCAUGGUAUGUGAAAUUAAAUAGAUGUGUUAGCUGGAUGUCUUCUGCCAAGGAAGAGCUCUCCGUUGGGACAAUUCCAAAAUGGCCAGAUAGGCUAGCAAAAACUCCUCCAAGAGCUGGAUUUGUGAAAAAUGGUCUCGACGUGUUCGAGGCCGACUCUCGGCGGUGGGAAAGGAGGGUUUCUUAUUACAAAAAAUCUUUAAAACUGAAGCUGGGGACCCCAGCAGUACGCAAUGUGAUGGAUAUGAAUGGCUUUUUUGGAGGCUUUGCUGCCGCCAUAAAAUCUGACCCAGUUUGGGUGAUGAAUGUUGUUCCUUCUCACAAGGCACCCACUUUGGCUGCAAUAUAUGACAGAGGCUUAAUUGGAGUCUACCAUGACUGGUGCGAGCCUUUCUCAACAUAUCCGCGUUCCUAUGAUUUUAUCCACGUAUCUGGAAUUGAAUCACUCGUUAUAUAUCCAGGUUCCGACAAGAACAGAUGCAACCUUGUUGAUCUAAUGGUCGAAAUGGACCGCAUCUUACGUCCAGAAGGAACAGUAGUGAUUAGGGACCAUCCUGAAGUUAUCGAAAGGGUAAUCCGCAUAGCUCAAGCGAUAAGAUGGACUGCCACGAUACACGAAAAAGAACCUGGAUCACAAGCAAGAGAGAACAUUCUUGUCGCAACCAAAAGCUUUUGGAAGCUACCUUGAACAUAGAAAUGAAAUGGUUAUCGUAGUGAUGCAGAUAUUCCUUUUUGGAUGCAUAUUUUAAGUCAAUAUAGUAAGUGAAAGAUUAGAAGAUGAAGAAAAGAAGAAAGAAAUGGAUAUAUUGUUGGUUCUAGUUCUGAAAAUUCCAAAGGUUAGCAGCUAAUCUGAUCACCAUUGCCAACUUCCUGUAUUUGCUAUAUUUUUCCUUCUGCAGUAACUUUAUUUAUAGGGCUUUUGGUAACAUAAAGUUAUGUGUUCUUUUACGGUGGGAAAUGGAGGCAAUCCAAAUAAAGAAUUCACAUAUGGGGUGUUUUUAAAUUCACCUGGUAUGUUUCUUUAUUCCCUUUUAUCAUGUACAUGUAUAAUUACCAUACUGCCCUUUACGAUCCUAUUUUGAUUCAUAAACUUUCCUGUUUAUUUCA